UGCAGGUUUCAAUCAGUUUCUCAUUUGCUCCUGGGGAAUCUACGGGUUUCAAUAACUACAAGCAAUGGCAGUUGCAAAUUUUCCUGCACUAAAGUUUAAAACUUGCGACAUUUUUGGUCGAUGUUUCAAGUUCCCUCCAUUGCAGAACAGAAGUCAUUCUGUCAAGACGUUAGUAGUUGAAGCAAAGGCAAACACCAGAACAGAAAGCGCUAAAAUUAGGAACCGAAGAAUGCUAAAGAAGUUUAAUGGCACCCCGAGAAGGCCGAGGCUGUCGGUAUUCUGUUCGGAAAAGCAGUUAUAUGCCAUGUUGAUGGAUGAAAACAAGAAGUGUCUAUUCUAUGGAAGCACGCUGCAGAAGUCGAUUCGCGACGAUCCUGCUUGCACCACCAUUGAAGCUGCUAAACGUGUUGGUGAAGAGCUGGUAAAGGCCUGUGUUGAUCUUAACAUAAAUGAAAUAUCAUAUUAUGAUCGCAAUGGACUUGCGCGCGGUGAAAGAAUGCAAGCCUUCGAAAUUUCUAUUGCAAGUUUCGGUUUCUUGCCUCGAUAGAAAUUUAUCAAAUGAGUUUAAACCUUGGUUUUUCAGUAUCCGACGUGGGCUCUGAGCUAACAAUUUGGGAGGUUUAUCAAAUGUUAAACCCUUUAUCAGAUUGAUGCAUUGUUCAACUACAACUUCAGUCUUAUUUUUAUCAUCUCAGCUGAGUGUAAUUACUUCAUUUUAA